GCUUUAGUAGCUGUGGUUUUCUAUUGCUGGCUCUGUGUCUCAGAGGAGGUAGGUGUGUGGCACUGCUCAAACUGUUGGAGUUCCCAAGGAAAACACAGGACACUUGAGGGCAUGUCUGAAUAGCUGUACCAGCUUUGUUUGCUGUUUUUAUUUCCUGCCAGAAAAUGAGCCACAACCUUUUUCUCCUGGCUUUUGUUCUGGGCAUUGGUGGAGCUUUCCAGUAUGGGUUGCAGACCUCCAUUAUCAAUUCUCCUGCUGAGUACAUCAAAAGUUUCAUCCGUGAGACCUGGCUGAAGAGAUAUGGCUCUUCUCUCAGUGAGGAGAUGGUCACCUUGAUGUGGUCCUUUAUUGUGUCUAUUUACAGCAUCGGUGGCCUGCUGGGCUCCUCAUCUGCUGGAUAUUUGGCUGUCAGGUUUGGAAGGAAGAAGGCCAUGCUGCUGGCCAAUAUCCCUGCUCUGCUGGGCUCAGCUCUGAUGGGACUCAGCCGGCUGUGUGGAUCUUUUGAGAUGAUCAUCGCUGGAAGGUUAUUUUCUGGAGUGUGUGGAGGUUUAGCUCUGAAUAUCCAUAUCAUGUAUGCUGGGGAAUGUGCCCCACGGAAGCUCCGUGGGAUGAUUGCCAUGACAGCUUCUACCUCCAUCGCUGCUGGAAAAUUUGUAGGAUUUUCUCUGGGUCUCAGAGAAGUUCUUGGAGUAGAUGCUCUCUGGCCUAUGCUCAUGGCAGCCAAUGUGGUUCCUGCCCUCAUUCAGCUUCUUGCCCUCCCCUUCUUCCCUGACUCUCCCCGUUACCUGCUCAUUGACAAAAAGGACAAGGAGGCAUGCAUCAAAGCUGUGAAGCAGCUCUGGGGAGAUGGAGACCACAUGGCUGAAAUAGAUGACAUGAUGUCAGAGGCAGAAGCCAUCCGUGGGGAGAAGGCUAAGAGUGUUUGUGAUCUGCUUCGUGACCGAGCUGUGCGUUGGCAGCUCAUCACUCUCUUCCUUCUCGUCUCAUGCAUGCAGUUAGCCGGGGCCAAUGUGGUUUACUUUUAUGCUUACAAUAUCUUUACAACGGCUGGAAUCCUUCCUGCUCAAAUCCACUAUGUCUCGCUGGGGCUUGGGCUCACUGAGAUCCUCUCCACAGUUCUGUGUGGUUUCCUCAUUGAGCGUGCAGGGAGAAAGUCACUGCUGUGGAAAAACUACACUGUGAUGGCCUUGGCUUUAGGACUCCUCACAGUCACUCUCUCACUACAGGAUUCCUUUUUCUGGGUACCAUACUGCUCUGUUGCACUUAUCUUUAUUUUCAUCAUGAGCUUCGGCAUUGGACCAGCUGGAGUAUUAUGCCCCUUGCUCACAGAAAUAUUUAUUCAGUCAUACAGACCAGCUGCUUAUGUUUUUAAUGGUGUUACAAACUGGAUCCAACUCUUCAUGCUUGGACUUCUGUUCCCUUUCAUUGUGAAAGGCCUUGGUAGUUUCUGCUUCAUUAUUUUCCUGACAUACUGUGCAUCCAUGGCUGUCUUUGUCUUCCUGGUGCUGCCAGAGACCAAAGGCAAGACCAUGCUGCAGGUCAUGGAGGAGUUCAAACGCCUGAACUACCGUGGAAAGAAGGGACAGUCAGUCCUGCAGCAGAGUAACUGCUCAGUGACAACUGUUACUAGACUUUAA